AAAUUCGACACGAAAGUAAGAAAGCAAAAUAAAAGGGAGUUUCUAAAAAUAAAGAUAAAUUUAAAAAAAUGUUAUAAAUAUUUAAAAAGAAGUGUCAGAAGCAAGAAGUCAUACUAAAGUGUCAUUAAUAUCCUUUGUGACUGCAACCAUAACAGAUCACACAAAGAAAGAAAAUUAUAUUGCGUGUUCGAAUUGCAUAUGUGUUCAUCAGUGCUUUAAUCAAAAAAGUGUUGGUGUGUUCUUGUCCGUGCUUUUUUUUAUUCUUAAAUCGUUAGUACAGUUUGAUGAAGAAGGCAUUGAUGAAAGUCAAAUUGACGGAAUUGUGAUCGUGAAUGGCGCGAUAUUUUUAAUGAUUUUUCGACUUCUUUUAUUCCAUUUCACUCCGUGAAUGAUAAAAAUUGGUAGAAUCCAAAAAAUUAUCAAUUUGUGUGUGCGACAAAUAAUAAACAGGGAGUGCUAAAAAUAGGAAUCGAGAUUAUUUUUCAAGAUUCCUGAAAGACAGCUGACGAAUGUGAAACCGAGUGCACUGCAGUUUGGCAGUUGAGGAUUGAAGGCAGUGAAAAUGGAUCAAAUGAUUGCUCUGAGCACUCAAAAUCCAUUAUCACUGCUGAUGAAAUUUGGAAUGAUGGCGUGGAAUAAUACUUGCGGGAUAGGAAAUUGCUCCGGUCAUGGAGAAUGUCAUAAUGGCACUUGUCUCUGCGAGAUUCAAUUCGACGGAUCAGAAUGUCACGUUCCGAACUUCAGCUAUUAUAUUGGAUUUGCAUCGAUGUUUUUUUUACUUGCCUUCGUUUGUUUAUUGCAAUUAAUAAUGUGUAUAGUUGCUGAGUGGCAAAAAAUGAAAACCCCAUCACUUUUGCGCGCCUGUCAAGUGACAACGCAAAAAGUUUUGUACUUUGUUGUUUUUCUCGCUUCAAUAAUUCGUGGUGCUUACUUCACUUCUCCUACUGCAUUUGAAGAAGGAUGGUCGAGAAGUUUAUUGUCAGCAUACUAUCCAUUUCUAUUGAGUGGAUCGUCGUUAAUCGUUUGCUUCUGGGCUGAAGUAUUUCACUUGCGUGAUAUUCGUUACGAUAAGCCGCAGUUUCUUUCGAAAUCAUUUUUUGGUUUUCUCGUAUUUAAUGUCAUUACAUAUUCAUUACUGGUCGCUGAAUUUGUCAUCGUUCAAAUGAACACGGACGUUGAUACAAGUUUCUACACACAUGUCUUCAAUGGCUGCUAUGCUGUUCUUCUCUUUAUUGUCGUCAUAUUUUUCCUGAUCUACGGAGUCGAAGUCUUUUUCAAGGUUCGAGGAGGCUUUUUAUUUGAGGAUCAAGUGACAUCGAUAGCGACAAAGAAACAUUUACCGGGUGAGGCAGCUGGAACGGAAGAGGAAGUUGUGACUGCAAAAUUAUUCGAAUCGACUCCAAUGACCGGUGAAACGUUAAAUCUAAAAACACACGUGAAUACAUCACAAUUACAUCAAUCUAGAUUCGGAUUAGUUUUUCAAGCCUUUAUGCUGCUCAUUGUCGGUGGAUUUCUCUUCAGCGAAAUGCUCAGCGAUAUUUGGAAGACAAAAGUUCCUGUUUAUAGUAGAAAUUGGCACGACGUCGUUUUCCGUGUAAUUGAAUUGGCAGUUGCCCUAUGGUUUCCAUGUGUCCUAUGGAAUUGCACGAGUCCCGAGAGAUUAUGGAUAUUAAAUCCAAAGCGUCUCCUUAAGAAAUUGGAUCUCGAUCAGGGAAAAAUUGCCAAUGAAUUUGAAUUAAACGACAAGAAUUGUUCAGCCGAUGCGGAAUUAUUAAAGGACGGUGCUUGCAGUAGUAGUGGUAGCAGUAGCAGCAAAGAUUGUUGGAUUUGCUAUGAUAAUUAUCGACAAGAUGCUGGUCCAUUGAUUCAACCUUGUCAAUGUCGAGGAGACGUGAGCGCCGUUCAUCACGAUUGCUUGCGUCGAUGGCUCGUUGAGAGCUCAAUGAAUUCGGACAGUUUGUUUUGCAAAGUGUGUGGAACAAAAUACAAUGUUGAACAUUCGAGAAGAUUAGAUUGGCAACACAGUUUGACACCUCGACAUUGGCUGCAAACAUUUGCCAUUGUCACGACAAUGUGUGGUUCUGCUGCAGCUGCUUGGAUUCUUAUUCAACUUGUCGAAAGUCCAUUUAUAAGAAUGUUUUCAGCUGGCACUACAUUAUUAAUUAUUUAUAUUUGCAUAAGGUUCUUAAGUUUAAACACAGUCGAUGCGUAUGAACGUGCCAAAAUUUCCUCAUUGAAUAUCGUGAAUGCAGACAUCAAUUUAACAACAAAAUCGGAUCAAGUUUCAAUAAUCAGUAAUGUCGUCUGUGUUGACUUGGCAAAAUCCGACGUAGCGGCAAUUUAAUUUCCUUCUAAAUUAUUCUCCCAUCUUUAAAAAAAGGUAUUCUUUAAAAAUAUCCCUUCAGCUAAGGAAACAAGGCUGAAAAUUACGAAAAAAUCGAUUGACAACAGUAAAAAAAAAGCAAAAGAAAAAAAAAUUUUACUGGAUAAAUUGCAAUAUCGGAGUGAAAAAAUUGAAUAUUGACAGUUCAAUUUUUUUUGGUUGAAGUACAAAUUGAAAGACUUGAUGAACAAUGAAAAUGAAAAGAAAAUCAUGGAUAGUAUUCUUUAUAUACUUUCAAAAAAAAAAAAAAAUAGACCCCAGUAUAAAGGAAAAAAAUUGUUCCUUAAAUCAGAAUGUAGUGAGAGAAAAAAAAGGAAAAAAAAUCUUUGCCUUUAUCAAGGCAAUAAAUAUAGCCUUUUAUUUUUGUACAAUCAAUUAUUUCAAUCAAUAAUGAGGUCAUUAAUGAGGCAUUUCUAAAUUCAAGUCAAAAAUGUAUUUUUUAUUUUAUUUUUCUCAAGGGGACACGAUUUUUCCGCAAAUUCUACUUUUUAUAUGCUUUUUUUCUUAAGUAUAAUUUAUAAUAUAAAAAGAAAAAUUAUUAUAAGAGAAACGAAAUUAUUACACGAAACUUGAAUAUUCAGGAAAAUUCGAUUUUUGGAAUCAAAAUUAUUUUUUAGUAACUUUAGCGAAAUAUCAAAUUUAGUAAAAUUAUUUUUAAACUUCAAUUAUUUCGUAAAAAUUAAUAUUUAAUGAAUA